GCCGUCCUUUUCCCUCCCCUCAGACGCUAAAGGCAGAGCGAGCGGCUGAUCGGUGGCUGCGGGAGGGAAGACGAAGGAGCCGAGAUGGCUGUCCGGAUGGUGGCAGUAGCACUGGGCGCUUUGCUCUGCUUCGCCCGCGGGGCCUCCGGGGCAGGCCCCACAAUCUCAACCUCACGAGAGGUAACUGAUGGCUUGGAUGUUGUCAUUUCUUGUAACAUAAGUGGAGCACCAACAGCAAUCAGAGGCCAUUACUGGAUGAAGGGGAACACAAAGAUUCAGUCAGAUGACACUUCUGCGGAUUCCACCUCCUACAUGUUAGAGAAAGUGGAUCAUGAAACUUCAGGAGAAUAUGAAUGUUUCUUCAAGACAACCCCACUUGCAAAAGGGACUGUGUAUGUGAAAGUUGAACCUCACGUGGUUGCCUACAAGAAGUCAGAGCAUGGGAAUGAGAGGGACGUAGGGGUGCUGAUUUGCAAGUCAGCAUCAUAUCCCCCUGUCACCCAGUGGUCUUGGUUCAAGAUGGUGGAUGGGCCCCAGCCCAUUGUGAAUGGUACAGAUAACCGAUUCUUCAUCAAAUCUGAUGGCAACAAGACUGAGCUACGAAUCAUGGACCUGAACAUUGAGAAAGACCCGGGCGAGUACAGGUGUAAUGGCACCAAUGAGAUGGGUGAAGGGAGCGCUGUCGUGAGCUUGCGGGUCCGCAGCCGCCUAGCAGCUUUGUGGCCAUUCCUGGGGAUCGUAGCUGAAGUGCUAGUUCUUGUGACUAUUAUCUUCAUCUUUGAAAAGAGAAGAAAGCCUGAUGAGAUCCCUGAUGAUGAUGAUGGAGGGUCUGCACCACUGAAAAGCAAUGCAAAUCAUAAGGAUAAGAACGUGCGCCAGAGGAAUGCAAAUUAAUCUGCCGUCAAGGUGACACACCAGUUAAAACAGAUCGCUUGGAUGUCUCCUCUGUCAUGCUCUGUAGCACUAAGGAUAUUCUAGUGCGUCCUCGCAAAAUCAGUUAACUUCACUUUUUAAGAGAGAGUUUGUAGAGUAAAAUUCCUUUUUUUAAAGAAAAAACAGUAGGGGGCAUUUUUCUACCUGUAAGUUUUGAAACGAUCUUUGUUCAAUUUUGUAGACUUCACUGUUUAGCCUUGGGAGGGAUGUGAAUCUAGGCAGAAGUAUAUACGGCGGAAGAAUGUAAAUGGGUCAGGGGCUGAGUCAGUCCUCUUACCCUUGAGUGGGUGUCUCCACACGGGAAGCUAAUUAUAAACCCUUGUUUGCUGUGUGGGUAGGGAACUUUUUAAAAUAAAUCUGAGGUCAGCAGUGGUCCUAUAGAGGACAGAUUGACAGGCUGAGAGGCAGCAUUGGAUUUAAUCUCAGCCUAGCUGCUCUUGGGUCUGGAAACCUCAGAAAUUUCCCAGGAAAUCCAUGAGUGCAACUGCUUUGUGUCUGCUGACAUUUUCCCCUCUCUACCAAAAACUUGCUGUGUCUGGCCUAACAUGGGUACAAGUAAGCUGUGGGCUGGCCAGAUUAGCUGUACUGGCAGUGACAUCUUUGUAUCUUCGCUAGAGUGGCUUCCUGGACAGUGUUCAAGUCCAUUUGGCCGCUUCAGCCUUUGUGGCUUGCUCCCAUUUCUUCCUCUCUUUGUAGAUACCCCAUCAGACUUCUACAAACAAGGAUCAAGUGCCAUAAUUGCCCAAAAAUGGGAUUUCACAAGUGUAGAGAUCUCUUUUUUGGCCACAGCCUUUUUAUCCCCCCCCCCCUCUAAAAUUCAUGCACCUAAACAUAUUUUGGGCUGUGCAGCAUUGAGCAAUAUGUUGUGAUGAGGGUUUAGCUACCACAGCAUCUAGUGGGAGGGACAUCCUCACUGAACACAUGGAUUUCUGUGCGAACUGGCGAAAGAAGUGCUGAAGAGUCUGUUUGACCACCUUUGUCUGGUACUGUUGAAAUCUCACCUGUUCCAACAAGAUGACUUUCUCUGAAA